AUUUUGCCAUCCCUAGCUCCACAGCACCACUUGCUCCUGCCUCCUGCUGCUUCUUCCCGAGUUCCCGUGCCGCCGCGAGCGCUCCCAACCAAGCAACGAGACAACAACAACAACCCUGCACCGCCGCAGCACUUGCGCCGUCCGGUCCUGUCCUCCCGCGGUCUCGACGCCGCCCCCUACCGUCCUACCUUAUCGCGCACCGCUCCAUGGCCGCCAAGUGGGCCCAGAAGACCGUCGUUAUCCCGGCGCAUCGGCGGGGCUGCCACCUCAUCACCCCCAAGAUUCUGAGGGAGAUCGAGGGCGACCUGGCCGGGUUCAAGUGCGGUCUCGCGCAUUUCUUCCUUCAGCACACAAGCGCAUCGCUGACCAUCAACGAGAACUAUGACUCUGAUGUGCAGGCUGACACUGAGACUUUUCUUAACAGAAUUGUUCCAGAGGGCCACAAUGCUCCUUGGAAACACACUAUGGAAGGACCUGAUGACAUGCCAGCACAUAUUAAAUCUUCUAUGUUUGGUUGUUCCCUAACGAUUCCUAUAACUGAUGGACGUCUCAAUACGGGCACUUGGCAGGGCAUAUGGCUGUGCGAACAUCGAGACCAUGCCAGCCCUCGCAAAAUUGUGAUUACUCUCAACGGUGUUUAACUUGAAGAUCUUAUAUGCUGCCAGGAAAUAGGGCCAAUGCAUUUUGGACCUGAAUGUGUUUCAGUUACCAUGUACUAUGUUGAGUUGUAAUGUAUGCUAUAAAUUCCAAUAAAUUCAUCGUUACUAUUUCGUAUGUGAUUAUUGGCUUAGCCCCUUAGGUGACCGUUGAACUUA